AAUUUUCUUCCUUUAAAUAUUCAAUUGUUCUCUUUCACCCAAAAAUGUAGAAAAUGGGGUAUGUUGCAGGGGAAUUUCAAGAUCUAUCUACGACAAUCACCUGCAGCUCCUCAGCCAAUCCAAUUUGAACGAAAAUAAUGACAAAAUGUUCAAAUGUUUGUUAUACCAAGUUUAGAGCCCCCGUUAAAAGAAAUUUUACUUUUUUACUUUUUGGUUCACUUUUCUUCAAGCCAAAAAACCACCUUUGUCCAUUCGUUCUUUAUUUGUAAUAUAGUUUCAACACAAACUUUAAAAAGUAAUAAUAACAAAACCCAACAAAAUAAGGUUUCUCAUAUACUUGAAACUUGCAAAUAUUUUUGCAAGGAGCUAUUUAUAAAAAAUACAAUAGUAACUUCCUAUUCAUUGGUUUACCAUAUGACUUCAAACCUUGUCAAAGAAGAUAAUAUAGCAGAUAUCGAAUUUACACAGUUGCUUGAAGAUUUUAGCUUAGCUUCCAACCUGGAUAAUAUUAGUUCUAAUCACGCUGCAACGUCAACAACAGCAGCUCAACAAAAUCGAACUUCACCAUUCACUAUGUCUCCUCUCCUCACCUUAACUCAAAAGGAGAGUGGGAACACGAGAGAUUACAUUAACGAUAUUGUUUCUUCGUCCGUUUAUCCUCCACCCGCACAGGAUCCUCAAAGGGUAUUACGUCAAAUGAUGAGCCUUUGUAAACAUAUUUAUUCAAGAGGUUUAAUUGAAGGAAGCGGAAGUGAUGUAACAAUUAAGGCAUUUGAUAAAGACUAUCAUUUACAUAGAAUCAUUCUUUAUCAAAAUUCAUAUUUUUCCGUUUUACUCGAAGGUCCGUGGAAAGAAAGUGGGCAAAAAGAUAUAGAACUUCGAUUUGAUGAUGAAAACAUCACACGUGAUGCAUUUGAAAUAGCACUAGGACGUUUAUAUGGUAGAUUAGAUGAAGUUAUUUUACCUUCACAGGUACUGAGUCUUCUCGCUACUGCAUCUUUCCUUGACCUCCAAGAUUUAUGUGAAAUGUGUGUUGAGGUGAUAUUAAGAGAUAUUAAAGAAGAUACUGUGGUACAUUAUUUAACUUUUGCAACUUCACAUUUUUAUGGUACACAUUCAGAAAAGAUUACGGAAUCAUGUUUUACUUAUCUAUGUAGGGAAGGAUAUGAUAAUUUGAGGCUUAGGCCUGCUUUUUUGACAUUGCCCGCUGAAUGGCUUAAGAGGGUGAUUGAAAGUGAUGCAUUCUGGGUACCUAGUGAAUAUGAAAGGUAUUUGUUUGCAAGGGAUGUUGUUAGUAAAAGAAGGAAGAUUGCGGCAGAACAAAAAAGACAUAAUUUAGUGUCUUCUUCACUAGUGAAUUACACAGAUUUAAGUAAUUUAUCUUCGGACAUUUCUUUUCCCACUUCUCCCACAUCACCAACAAUUACAAAUUCUCCCAUUAAAGCAAAAAGAUUUCCAGAUUCGACAUUCUCUUAUCACACAAGAAGGUCUGCAUCAGUUAGCACAUUAAGUUCCAUAUGUUCAUCAAAUUCUCUGCAGGCUGAAAGCGAUGAAGCAAUUUAUACUGCUAUAUUCACUUAUGCAAUAUAUUAUGCUCACAUGGCCUUUGAAGAAUUAACUGCAAUUUCACAUGAUUGUGACAGUAUAACAAAUGUCCCAUUAGCUCCAGAUUAUAUAUUAAAGGACGCUCUAUGGCAUCAAAUAGAUUUGCGUAAUAAGAUUGAAAACGCUGCUGAAACUGAUGUAACAUUGGGCAUAUCUUCUUCCGAAAUACCUCCUAGUUCGACUGGAGUUCAUUUUGAAAUCCCAUCGGACGAUACUACACAUAUAGGAGAAGCAUUGACCGGUUUAGAGGACAUGAUUGGAGGUGGAACGAAAGCAAUGAAGGAUGGCGAAGGUAGAGGAAGUGUGGAAUAUUCAUUAUUCGCUCCUUUCAGAUUCAGUGUUGAAUUUGCGGAUGUCGCGAAAUUAAAAGAAAAACAGCGAGUUUAUUCAGGAACAAAAUUUUAUGCAGGAUCUAAUUGGAAUAUGUAUAUUCAGAAAAUAAAAACUCCCCGUAAAGGUAUACAACUUGGAGUAUAUUUGCACCGUCAUUCAAUGCCUGAUCCAAGUUCAUCUUGUGGAAAUAAUACAAAUUCUUCUACAAUGGUGAAUGGAUCAUCCACCAAUAAGAGUUCACCAUCAUCAUCACCAGGAACCGAAGAAAGAUAUCGUCAAACUAUUCACAUGAAAAUUAAUAACGAAAAAAGUUUUUCAAGAUAUGCUGAUAAGAGAAAAACGGUUAGAACUUGGUUCAAAAUUUUUUGUCCUGCCAGAGGUCCUAGCCAUGUUUUAACCCAGUUCCAGAGUAGUCCUGAUAAUUUUGCAUUAAUGCAAAGUUGGGGAUGGCGAAGUUCGAGUCUCUGUCAAGAUGAUUAUCUUUUGGACGUUCGUGAUUUUGAUAGUUCAUCAUCAUCAAUAACUAAUAAUUCUUCUUCAACAUUAAAAUUUUCUGUUGUAAUGGGACAUGUAUAAAAUAUGAAAUAUGGUUAGAUUAUAGUUAUCACUUUUUUAUAAAAAUAUAUAAUUUAUAAAUAUCUUAGUUUAAAUAGAAAUCAAUUUUUUUUUAAUUGUAU